AUGUGCAACACGCGCGGUCAUAUACGGGUUAACCAACCUCCUCCUCCGCGCCCUCCUCCUCAACCUCGUUCCCCAUCCGUAUCCUCCACCGCCAGCACCCUCGUCGAAACCACCUCCCAAACCGACUUCUGGAUCGAAUCCCGCCACGGAACUCCCGACGCCGACGACGUUUUUCGCUAUUACGUGCAUUUCCCAAUCGGGGGACUCAUGCAGGCCGACAUAACGACCAACUCGGUGCUCCUGGCACUGCUUCAUUAUGAUCUCCUGCAGGAUCAAAUCGUCCUGUAUCGUCGUUUGAGCGAGUGUCCGAGGACAGGCACGAUUUUGAAAGUCCGGAACCCGAGAGAGGAUGAGGAUGAGGUGCGUGGGAUGGCGAGAGAUGCUGUUCAUGAUGGGAUGCGGUUGGAGGGGAUGAGUUGCGUUUGUUAUCCGGUGGAUGGAGAGAGUGGCGUGGCGAUGGAUGGGGUGAACAGUACGUUGUCGACUGGAGUUAACGGUGUUGUGAUGAACGGUGUAUUGACUAAUGGGGUCAAUGGCAGUGAGUACAGCCAGCAUGCCGAGGAAGACGGACGUAUGAACGAAAGUAUGGACGACAGCAGCAGUAGUAGCAGCAGCGGCAGCAGCAGCGAUGAAUAUGACGACAGCGACGACAACAACGAAGACGACGAUGACGAUGCUGCAGCAGAAGCCCAGCUUCAAGCUGAUGUGGAGGCGGCGGCAGUGUUAGCGUCAGAUGCUUCGGAUGCUUCUGAUACCGAUGCCAUGGACUUUUAUGAUUCGAUUUCCGAGAUAAGGUCCGAGUCCGCUCCCCGGGAUGAUGACCGUGAUUAUCUGUUGUAUCCGUACAAUUGCUAA